GUGGUUUUGAGGAGCAUUUUUCCGAGGUUGAAUUGUAACAUCACUGUAAGACAGAAUGGCUGAGAAUGACGCUGACAAUGAGCUGCUGGACUAUGAAGAGGACGAGGAGCCUCAGGGAGCCCCAGAGACCGCUGCCCCAGCAGGCAAGAAGGAGGUGAAGGGCUCCUAUGUCUCCAUCCACAGCUCUGGCUUCAGAGACUUCCUGCUCAAACCAGAGCUGCUCCGCGCGAUUGUCGACUGUGGCUUUGAGCAUCCGUCUGAAGUUCAACAUGAGUGCAUCCCUCAGGCCAUCCUGGGCAUGGACAUCCUGUGCCAGGCUAAGUCUGGUAUGGGCAAGACGGCAGUGUUUGUUCUUGCCACACUACAGCAGAUCGAGCCUGUGGAUGGACAGGUGUCAGUUCUAGUAAUGUGCCACACACGAGAGCUGGCCUUCCAGAUCAGCAAAGAGUACGAGCGCUUCUCCAAGUACAUGCCCACAGUCAAGGCAGCCGUGUUCUUUGGGGGCCUGUCUAUCAAGAAGGACGAAGAUGUGCUGAAGAAGAACUGCCCUCACAUUGUGGUGGGAACCCCUGGCCGAAUCCUGGCCCUCAUCCGCAACAAGACCCUCAACCUAAAGAACGUCAAGCACUUUGUCCUGGAUGAGUGUGACAAGAUGCUGGAGCAGUUGGACAUGAGGCGUGACGUACAGGACAUCUUCAGGCUAACACCACAUGAGAAGCAGUGCAUGAUGUUCAGCGCCACCCUCAGCAAGGAGAUUCGACCGGUCUGCCGCAAGUUCAUGCAGGAUCCCAUGGAGGUGUUUGUAGAUGAUGAGACCAAGCUGACGCUGCACGGUCUGCAGCAGUACUACUGCAAGCUGAAGGACAGCGAGAAGAACCGCAAGCUCUUUGACCUGCUUGAUGUGCUGGAGUUCAACCAGGUGGUGAUCUUUGUCAAGUCAGUGCAGCGCUGUGUGGCGCUUUCUCAGCUACUGGUGGAACAGAACUUCCCUGCCAUUGCCAUCCACAGGGGCAUGGCUCAGGAGGAGAGGCUGUCCCGGUACCAGCAGUUCAAGGACUUCCAAAGGCGGAUCUUGGUGGCCACUAACCUGUUUGGCCGAGGGAUGGAUAUCGAGCGGGUCAAUAUUGUCUUCAAUUACGACAUGCCUGAGGACUCAGACACAUACUUACACAGGGUGGCCCGUGCUGGUCGGUUUGGAACCAAGGGUCUGGCUGUGACCUUUGUGUCAGACGAGACAGAUGCCAAGACUUUGAAUGACGUGCAGGACCGCUUUGAGGUCAAUGUGGCCGAGCUGCCAGAAGAGAUCGACAUUUCCACUUACAUUGAGCAGUCCAGAUGAGUCCUCCAUCCCUGAAGAAAUGUCCCCUACCCCUGAAUCUCUGUCCUUGUUUGGAUGAAAAACCCUCCUCGCUGUUUUUAUUUUAAAGUUCUGUUCCUUGACUAUGUUUACCAAAAGUUUUUUAUUUGAAUGUAUCAUUGGGGGUUGUCCAGUUUUAAAUUUGUGGUUUGGUCAAUGAAAUUAAAACUUUUUAU